UGGGGUUGGGGUCCGGAGGGAAGGGGGAGGCUGCACUGGGGCCGGCCGUUAUGGUUCGGGGACGGGGAACAGCCCUGGCCUUUUCACUCGCACAGGCCGGCUGCGGCGGUAAAGGUGUCCGCCUCACUUCAUCCCUCGUUCGGUUUAAGUGUUGGACGGUCGCCGAGCAACCCGGACAGAGCGGCGGUCCCGGUCCGAGGCCCCGGCAACAGAUAAACAAGAAACCUCGACAGAAACCACAGAAACAAAUUUGUAAACCUGUUUUGGAAUAUUUUGAUGAAAGAUAUGGACAAGAACUUGGUGAAUUGUGGGACAAAGUCAGAGAAGUGCUCCUGCUUCCUUCAGACUGGCAGUACGCUGUGCUUGUGAACAAAUUCAGUCAAUGUGUGACAUUUGAACAGUAUCUGCAAUCUCAAGGAUAUUACAAUUUCCUACCAGAUGUUCUACCUUUUUCCCAGCAUUCUUUGCGAUGUUACAUCAGCAAUAUCCAGUACCAGUUCCCCAGACUCCAACAUCACACUGAUAGGUUGAAGGAGUAUUACCUUCUGAAUGCAGCCUCUUUGUUGCCUGUCCUCGCAUUGGAUGUGCACGAUGGCGAGUGUGUGCUAGAUAUGUGCGCUGCUCCUGGAGGGAAAUCUUUGGCAAUAUUGCAGUAUGCCACACCAGGUAAUUUUCUCUGCAAUGAAUAUGACAGUUUGCGACACAGACGGCUGAAGCAAGCACUUGAAUCUUUUAUACCUAAAGACUUAAGAAGCAUAAUUUCUGUGACUGACCUGGAUGGCCGACACAUUGGUCCACGGUGGCCACAAAUGUAUGACAAGGUACUAGUGGAUACACCAUGUUCGAAUGAUCGAAGUUGGCUCUUCUCCUCUGAUGUCCUUCAGGCUUGCGUGAGGAUUACACAGAGGCCUUACUUACCAGUUUUGCAGAGGCAAUUACUCAGGUCAGCUCUUGAGGCACUGCGUCCUGGAGGGACUGUGGUUUAUUCUACAUGCACACUGUCUCGAGCAGAAAAUGAUGAUGUUGUGGCCUCUGUCUUGAAUUCUUAUGACAACAUUCAGGCUGUGGACUUAACAGGCUUGGCACGUUCCCUCACUGAUAACUUCAUGUUUGCUGAAGGUGUGCAGCAUGGACAGUUAAUCGUGCCAGAAAGAGGGAAAUUUUGGGGCCCUAUGUAUGUCAGCAAAUUGUGCAAGUUGCACUGAUUUUCAAUUAAGAAUUCAAAAACUGCCCUUUGCAAGUAUGGUUGGCAAGUACAGGAGAGAGCUGAACACAGAUACUGCAAACAAAACUCAGAUGGUAGUAGCUCUAAGUGGAGUAUUUGUAUAUUCUAAUGUAUCCUAAGUGUUUUACACUCUAUGAAUGCAUUUUCUUUAGGUUAAAGAACUAAAUAUAAUCUGCAAAGAUUAAUCUAAACAAUAGCAUAUUAUGGAAGAACUGCAUCGUUAUUCAAAUUUACAAGGAGGCUCGGAAUAAAAAUCCUAAAUGUGAACAUAUUUAAGUAGAUAUUUGGUAGCACUAAAUAUUGUUUCAACAUUAUCUGGUAAGGAAGAGAAGAUGCAAAUAAGAUUAUUUUAUUCCUUUUUGUAAUUCUUCGAUCUGUGCCAAAAAAAAAGCUACUAAACAGGUGGGCAAUCAAAGUUUUUAAAAAACGUAUUUCUCCCUGCUGGCCUAUAUUUAUUUAACUACCUGCAGUGAGUAAAAAUAUCACAGAUAUUUCCCAGGAAUCAAUCAAAAAUACAUACUUCACUCUUGCUGGAGAGAUGUCUUAAAAAUUCUUCCCAUGUCUUUUUGAUUUAGAUGUACAUUCCUUCUCCAUUUCCACACUGAUGACCAGCUCUUUGUAACAGCUCUGAUCUAGCUGGAGUAUGGGUUUAAGAGGUUUUGGUGGUGGUGGAGUGUAUCAUUCUGGUAGUAUCAAAAAUUAGCUCAUCUCUUCCUUGCCGCAUAGUAAAAGGAAAUCCUAAAUCACUGUAAACAUUAAAUGAUAAUGGAAAUCUGUA